AUGGCCGCCUCGAGAGACGCGGGACAGGGAAAUGGGCCUGAGGUUCAGAGACGGCCGCUCCUCGGGGGCGUGCGGGGUCUGCGGGAGGAGGAGAUGCACAGCUUGCAGGGCUAUUACAAGGAUACAAGGUUCCGGAACCUGGGUCCCCUGGACAUCCUGGCGGAGGCUGUCCCCGCAGUGAGCGCUGUGGUUGGAGUGCGGCUGGUGCAGACCCCCGGCGCGCGAGGCCUCCGGCUGGCGGCCGCCGACCCCCGCGCCCUCAGCUUCCCCGCCUCCAGGAUUUUCUACAGGUGCCAGCGCUUCCCCGAGGAGUUCUCCAUCGUGGUGACCUUGAAAGCACCCAGCCUUCCACCCAAGAAGAACGAGUACCUGCUGUCCGUGGUGGCGGAGGAGCGGGACGCGCUGCUGCUCGGGCUGCGGUUCUCAUCCACCCAGCUGCACUUCCUGUUCCUCAGCGAGGACGCGGCCGGCGCCUGGCAGACCCGCGUGUCCUUCCGCAGUCCCGGCCUCGCGGACAGCCGCUGGCACACCCUGGUCCUGGCCGUGUCCCAGGGGUCCUUCUCCCUCUCCACGGACUGCGGCCUCCCGGUGGACGUAGUGGCCGACGUGUCCUUCCCUGACACACUCUCCGUGGGAGGAGCCCGGUUCUUCAUCGGCAGCAGGAGGAGAACCAAAGGCUUGUUCACAGGCCUGAUGAGGCAGCUGGUGCUUCUGCCCGGCUCGGAUGCCACCCCCAGCCUGUGCCCCAGCAGCAACGCCCAUCUGGCCCAGCUGUCCAUCCCUCCCGCACUGCAGGGCUUCCCAGGAGAGCCAGACAACAACGAAGUGCUGAAAUAUCCCUAUGACGCCAACGUGCGAGUGACCCUGGGCACGCAGCCGCCCUGCUCUCGGGCCCAGGAGGCCCAGUUCUGGUUUGACGCCGUCCGGAGGGGGCUGUACCUGUGCACACGCGGACAGUGGCUCUCCGUGUUGGCAGCCAAGGCCAGGCUAGACUAUGUGGAGGAGCAUCAGAGCCUGUUCACCAACUCGGAGACGCUGGGCAUGGAGACCUUCCGCAUCCCAGGGGCAGGCCUCUUCGUGGCCACAGCCAAUCGGAAAGCCAGGUCCACCAUCUACAAAUGGGCGGAUGGAAAGUUUGUCUCCUAUCAGAGCAUCCCCACACACCAGGCCCAGUCCUGGCGACACUUCACCAUUGGGAGAAAGAUCUUCCUGGCUGUGGCUAAUUUUGGACCAAAUGAAAAGGGCCAGGAGUUCUCCGUGAUUUACAAAUGGAGCCCCAGAAAGCUGAAGUUCGUCCUGUAUCAGAGGAUUGCCACCCACAGCGCUCGGGACUGGGAGGCCUUCACGGUGGACGGGGAGCACUUCCUGGCAGUGGCCAACCACCGGGAAGGCGACAACCACAACAUCGACAGCGUGAUCUACAAGUGGAGCCCCACCACCCAGCUCUUCGAGGCCAACCAGAGCAUCGCCACGUCGGGCGCCUAUGACUGGGAGUUCUUCACGGUGGGGCCCUACUCCUUCCUGGUGGUGGCCAACACCUUCAACGGCACCUCCACCCGCCUGCACUCGCACCUCUACAUCUGGCUGGUGGGCGCCUUCCGCCUCUUCCAGUCCUUCCUGACGUUUGGCGCCGCGGACUGGGAGGUUCUCCACAUCGGGGACAGGGUCUUCCUGGCCGUGGCCAACAGCCACAGCUACGACGUGGAGACGCAGGUUCAGAACGACUCCUACGUCCUCAGCUCCGUCAUCUACGAGCUGAACGUCACCGCGCAGAGCUUCGUCAAGUUUCAGGACAUCUCCACCUGCAGUGCUCUGGACUGGGAGUUCUUCUCCGUGGGGGAAGACCACUUCCUGGUGGUUGCCAACUCCUUCGAUGGAAACUCCUUCUCUGUGAACAGUAUUAUUUACAGGUGGCAGGGCUACGAGGGCUUUGUGCCAGUGCACAGCCUCCCCACCGUGGGCUGCCGGGACUGGGAGGCCUUCCACACGGCCACUGGCUCCUUCCUCAUCUACUCCAGCGCCAAGGAGCCCCUGUCCCGGGUCCUGCAGCUCAGGACCAUCUGA